AUGAAAAGCCUGCCAGUACUCCUUUUCCUGCCUCUACUGCAGUUGGCGGCCGGGAAAAUCCAUCAAUUGGCGCUACAGGAUGACGCCCGUCGAAACAUCGUGCUCACCAGUUUCGGUUACACGUACGGCGGCACGUUCGACCUGAUCUUGUCGAAUUUCACGGUCCCCGACAAGAUCACCCACCUCGCCGACUCGAGCAACGAGGAUGCUGAUAAAAAUGGCGUAAUCGGUUUCUCGCUGUCCCGCGGCGCCUCGAUCUAUCAAAGCGUCGGCCGGAACCCAAGGGUCUGCCAGCUGCAGCAGACCGAUCAAGGCUUCGACGCCAUCUUCUUCCUGCUUGAGCUGCCGAAGAAGCGGCUGAGCGUCUACCGGAGCGGUGUCGGGAAGACGAUCCGGUUGUGCCAGUCGCAUGAAGACUGCCAACUCCCAGCUGAUCAAGCUGCUGCCGCACCCGCCGAAGAGGAGGGUAAAAUCGUUGAAAAAUCGGCUGAAGCAGGAGCUGCCGAAAAUGAGACUGCGAAUGAGAAACGCGAUAAACGUGGCAUUCUCGACAACAUCAAGCGCUUCUUCUCGAGCAACUCGGAGGGCAAGGAGUACGAGGACUACGUCCCGCUUAUUCAACAUGACAAUCGAUAUUCGGCAAAUAUCUCGAUCCGAUUCACCGACGAGCAGCGCGGCAAGUACCACUUCAUCUACCACAAUUGCUUCAACUACAGGGAGCAGGGAUACAGCUCCCGCGUGGCCGUCGACUUCAGCGUGUUUUUCGCCGAGCGCAACCUAUUCUCCUACCUAUCUGCUGGUGACUUGCCGAAGCCCCAUCUCUUCCUCUACAUGUCGUUCUGCUUCUUCUUCGCCGGCAUUUUGUGGGCGCACAAGUUGUGCACGAGCGAGCGUUCCAACGUGUUCCGCGUGCACUACUUGAUGACGGCGCUCGUGUUUUUGAAGGCCCUGUCCCUGUUCUUCCACGGUGUCAACUACUACUUUGUGGCCAAGUACGGGCACCAGCGCGAGAUUUGGGCUCUCUUCUUCUACAUCACGCACUUGUUAAAAGGAGCGCUUCUUUUCGGAACGAUUGUGCUGAUCGGGACCGGAUACACGUUCUUCAAGAAUUUCUUGACCGAGCGGGACCGCAAGGUGUUCAUGGUCGUACUGCCGUUGCAGAUCAUCGACAACAUCGCCCUGAUCAUCAUCGAGGAGAGCGAGUUUGGCGAUAUGUCGUACCAAUUUUGGUACCAAAUUUUUGUCUUCCUCGAUCUGAUCUGUUGCUUCCUCGUGUUCUUCCCGAUCAUAUGGUCGAUGCAACACCUCACUGAAGGCGCACACUCUGACGGCAAGGCCGCGUUCAACCUCGAGAAGCUGCGCAUCUUCCGCCAAUUCUACCUGAUCGUCAUCUGCUUCAUCUACUCCACCAGGAUCAUCAAGUUUUUGCUCUUGUACGGCAUCCCGUUCGACAAGGAGUGGGUGUGCGACGCGGUUGUCGAGAUCUCGACGCUGUUCUUCUUCGUCGUCGUCGGCUACAAGUUCCGCCCACUGGCCCGGAAUCCGUACUUGAAGCUGAAUCAGGAAGAUUCGGACGAUGGGGACGCGUUUGCGCUGACCCAGUCCAACCUGCUCGAGAACGUCGUGAACCGGUCACGUUCCAAGGACGACUCGGUGGUGCUGAUCGACAUCCCGGGUGGCGUCGGCGGCUUCUCCUCAUCCGAUUCUGACGACGAGCCCACCCGGAAGCUGAUCCACCCCGAACGGACGCUCCUC